AUGGAGUGCAUUUUAGCAGAAAAGACGUGCUCAAAGCGUGAUGUUAGGUAUAUGCCUCCUCCUCCUCACCCUCAAGCCCGUCAAAUAAGAGUCAACGAAAUCAAUCAUGAUAGAUAUGAGUAUGACGAUUAUGCAUUUUAUGAAGAGGAUGACGUUCAAGUAGUGGCCGAAGUUCAAACCGAACCAGUUUGCUGGAACUGUCGCAAAUCUGGCCAUAGGUUUAUGGAUUGUCUGUCCACACAGCGAUCACUCUUUUGCUACCGAUGCGGUCAGCCCAAUACCGUAGCACCUAGGUGUCCGAAGUGUAAAUCGGAAAACGGCCAGAAGAACAUGAUGUCGGCGGGAAGAUCAUGUUCGGUAGACAAACCCGCAACGCCACACCAGCAACAACAAAAAUAG